GCGUCACAAAGGCCUAGGAGGGGUAGCUGAAGGAUUGAGAAUAUUCGCAACUUAUCAAUUCGAAACAUUGUCAAAACAGUCCUUUCUGUAUAGACACUUUUCGAAUAAACAGAACUAGAAACUACUACCGUCUGCUAUAAUCCAGUCUAUUAUAGUCUAUAGUCCAACACCAUGGCCGCCUCACUCUUUGCCCUCUCGGAAGAGCCCGCGAGCGAGCUGGGUCGGUACAGGGUACUGGCCCCUUCAGCGGGUAUUCGAGUAUCGCCUCUGGCUCUAGGCGCCAUGUCCAUUGGCGAUAGCUGGUCCGACUGGAUGGGAUCCAUGGACAAGGAGAGCUCCUUUAAGCUGCUUGACGCCUUUUACGAUGCCGGCGGCAACUUUAUCGACACCGCCAACAACUAUCAGAACGAGCAGUCCGAAGCUUGGAUCGGAGAGUGGGCUGCAAAGAGGGGCAUCCGGGACCAGCUUGUGAUUGCCACCAAAUUCACCUCAGACUUCCGAAGCCAUGAGCUAGGAAAGGGAAAGGCCCCCAAUUUCCAGGGCAACCACCGCAAGAGUCUUCAUUUGAGUGUUCGAGAGUCUCUCAAGAAAUUACAGACAGAUUACAUUGACAUUCUGUACAUUCACUGGUGGGACCACACAACUUCCAUCAAGGAGCUCAUGGACUCUCUCCACCAGCAAGUCGAGUCCGGCAAGGUCCUCUAUCUGGGAGCCUCAGAUAUGCCAGCCUGGGUCGUGAGUGCGGCGAAUGUUUACGCACAAGCCUAUGGCAAGACUCCUUUCAGCAUCUACCAGGGACGCUGGAACAUCAUGGUCCGGGAUUUCGAGCGCGAGAUUAUCCCGAUGGCUCGGCAAUUCAACAUGGCUUUGGCUCCUUGGGACGUCCUCGGCGGUGGCAAGUUCCAGACAAAGAAGGCUCUGGAAGAACGCAAGAAGAACGGCGAGACUCUGCGUGGUCUCACAGGGGCCCCUACACAGACUGCCGACGAGGAAAAGAUUAGUGAGGCUCUCGCCAAGGUCGCCUCGGAACACGGAAUCGAGUCCGUCACCACUAUUGCGCUUGCAUACGUGCUGCACAAGGCUGGCAACGUCUUCCCCAUCGUUGGCGGACGCAAAAUUGAGCACCUCAACGACAACAUCAAGGCGCUGAGCAUCAAGCUCACGGAUGAGCAGAUCAAGUACCUCGAGAGCGUCAAACCGUUUGAUCUGGGCUUUCCAUUGGCCUUUUUGGGCGAGGAUCCCAACGUUACGGGAUACUCUGUGCGUCUCGAUCGCACGGCCAAAUUUGCUUUCCCCAACGCAGGGACUCCCAAGAGCGUGUAAGCCGGCAGCGAACUUGCUACGCGUAUUCGGGAUUCGGGCUGCGGAGGAAUUAUCAACAACACUUAUAUCAGAUUGAUACCAUAAAAGCUGGUCGGUAGUUAUGAAUGACUUUUUUACACGAGACGCUUUCGUCCGUUGAAUCAGAGCUGUAUAUAGACGCUACACUGUUAAAUGCAAACUAGGUCAGCUUUAUACCUCUUCCUCCG